UGUUUUUUCUUUUAAAGAAAAAUUAUUAUGGGGACUUUAGUGGGUCAUGUAGCUCCCGGGUUUGGCUUCUUCAUUAUUGGCCUGUGGCAUCUUUUCAACAACAUCAAGAUUGAAGCCCGUACUAACCCUCCCCAUUCCCCAAUAUUUCUCUCAUGGUUUCCCACUUCCCGAUUCAAGUACCUAGAGCCGUUGCUCAUCAUGCUUGCCGCCUCAGCCUCCGUAGCCAUGGAGCUCUUCAUCGGGCCUCAGAGGCACCACCCCUUCGACACCGACGGCACCAUCCCUUCCAACCAUCUCCACAACAUCGAACACUCCAACAUUUCCAUGACUUUCUUUGUCUUUGCUGCCUUCUCCGUUAUUCUGGACCGCCUUCGUCCCAAAGCUUAUUUUGAGCUGACACAGUUUCUGGGCGCCGUGGCUUUUGGGCAGGAGCUUCUCCUCUUCCACCUCCACUCCGCCGACCACAACGGCCCCGAAGGCCAAUACCACAUGCUUCUCCAGCUUCUGGUGCUCCUUUCUCUCGCCACAACUCUCCUCGGGAUUGCUCUUCCCACUAGCUUCUUGGUGGCGUUUGUCAGGUCUUUCAGCGUUAUUUUUCAAGGCGUCUGGCUUAUGCUCAUGGGCUUCACGCUUUGGACGCCUUCUCUCAUAUCCAAAGGCUGCUUUAUGCACUUGGAAGACGGGCACAAAGUGGUGCGGUGCGGCGGGGAGGCGCCACUUCACCGAGCAAAGUCUCUGGUCAACCUUCAGUUCAGCUGGCUCUUAAUUGCCCUCACCAUUUUCGCUUUAUCACUCCACUUGUUUCUGCUUAAACUCUACCAACAAACGCCCAAGAACCCCCAAUACAUUUCAUUAGUAACCAACGAAGAGGAAGAAGAAACAUCGAAGAACAUAGACACACGUGCGAGGAGCUUUAUUGAAAUGGGACACAAGUUCACAGAAAUGGGCAUGGGAAGGUAGAAACUUCACAACAAUGUAAUUUGAAUUGUUGGGUGUGU